GGUGUUUGCCUGCAGCAAGAUGGCGGCAGCUUCAAUGUCAGUGGCGCUGAUGCAAGCCUUGUGGGGGAGAAGGGCAGCUACUUUAGCUACCGUUUCCGUUUCCAGGGUUCCAAGCAGGUUGUUGGGCACUUCCACAUGGAGACUGAUGUUGGAUCAAACUCGAGACAAGCAACUCAUCACAGUGGAUGAAAAAUUGGAUAUCACUACUUUAACUGGAGUUCCAGAAGAGCAUAUCAAAACUAGAAAAGUUAGGAUAUUUGUUCCUGCACGCAAUAACAUGCAGUCUGGAGUAAACAACACCAAGAAGUGGAAGAUGGAUUUUGAUACUAGGGAGCGAUGGGAAAAUCCUUUGAUGGGCUGGGCAUCAACGGCUGAUCCAUUGUCCAACAUGGUUCUGACCUUCAGUGCUAAAGAAGAUGCAGUUGCCUUUGCAGAAAAAAAUGGUUGGAGCUAUUACAUUGAUGAGAGAAAGGUUCCGAAACCCAAGUCCAAGUCUUAUGGUGCAAACUUUUCUUGGAAUAAAAGAACAAGGGUAUCCACAAAAUAGGUUGGCACUGACUAUAUCUCAGUACUUGACUGUGAAUAGUCAGUCAGCUGUGCAGUAUUUAUAGUCCAUGUAUAAUGCAUCUCUUAAGCUCCUAAUAAAUUUGACCUUUAAACU